GCAUAUCUCCCUUGAACAAUGGUGUGUCUUUUCAAGAGGGGUGUGAAUGAAAUUUUAACACAACGCUUCCUGCUAUCAAGAAGAUCCAAGUAAUUCAAACAUCAGUGUUUUACUAAACUACAUCUCUUCUGCGCCCCUUCCAACAGACAAGACACUCUUCUCACUAGCAACGAACCUGAGUUAUCAAAAUGGCAACACGACGCAUCAUCUCAACAGAGAAGACUAUCCUCGACCAGGAUGAUCCGUCCAGACCCGACCAAGCCGAUAGCCCCAAAUCCGACAUCACCCCAGCCGUUCCGACAGAUGUAAUCCUCAAGCUUCUGGGCUUCACUUUCGCCAUGAUCGUCUUCCCAAUCGGUUCCUACUUUGUGACAGUCGACACAAUCUUCAAGGGAAACUCGACAUUCGCAGGGGGAUUCGCGGCCGUCAUGGCCAAUGUUGUUUUAAUCGCCUAUGUCAUCGUCGCAAUGAGAGAGGAUCAAAGCGAGCGUCACCAGCAGGGGAAGCCACCCAAGGGGGCGGAAGCAAAGAAAGACCGCUAAGCUCAACUUUCUUCUGCUUUCCAUUGGUCACGAUUUGUGGGCUUUUGCUGAGUUUGUCUUCAGUCUAUGCAUGUUAUAUUGAUUGUCAACCCCUCCUUAAGAGAGAAACAGGAGAAUAUGCUCUCUAUAAUCCGUGGCUGAGGUGUUAUUUCGGGGGGGGGAGGGGGGGGUGGAAGUAAU